AUGGGGGAAGGGAAGCUGGAAUUGGGGAUGAAGCGGCCACCUCCGAGACACCUGCGGUUUCCGCACAGCCACCCCUCCCUUGCAGACAGCUGCAGAGACCCCUCCCAGCCCUCACCCUGUGGGCACCCCCCUUCCCCUCCCUCCCCACUGGCACCGUCUCCCCCGGCUGUCCCUCACCUCGCCAUGUGGCUCUUGUCUUUGACCUUGACCCUGCUAUUGGGGACCACAGGGGUGACCAUGGCCCAGGUUCGCAUCUUGGGGGGCCACGAGUGCCCCCCCAAGUCACACCCCUGGCAGGUGGCACUCUACUAUUUCUCUGAUUUCGUGUGCGGGGGCGUCCUCAUUGACCAGGAGUGGGUGCUCACGGCUGCACACUGCCAAGUCGAUUAUUACCAGCUCUGGCUGGGCCGCCAUCACUGGAGGACGACGAGGAGGACCGGAAGCAGUUCGUCCUUCAAGGCCAGCUUCCCCCAUCCUGACUUCAACAUGAGCCUCGUGGGGCAGCGAGGGACCCCCGAGAAGCUGGACUAUAGCCAUGACAUCAUGCUCCUGCAGCUGGCCCAGCCAGCCCAGUUGAGCCCUUACAUUCAGCCCAUCACGCUCCCCAAGGCCCCCGUCUCCCUGGGCACCACCUGCUGGACUUCGGGCUGGGGUAGCAUCUCGAGCACCUCGGCCACCUUCCCAAGUGAAUUGCAGUGUGUGGAGCUGGAAGUUCUGCCUAACGAGGUAUGUGACAAGGCGCACCCAGAGGACGUGACGGAGUUCAUGAUAUGUGCAGGAGUCUUGGAAGGGGGCAAGGACAGUUGUCAGGGAGACUCAGGGGGCCCCUUGAUUUGUGACAACACCCUCCAGGGCAUCACGUCCUGGGGUCACUUCCCCUGUGGCCUCCCGGACAAGCCGGGCCUCUACACCAAGGUGUUUGCUUAUCUGGACUGGAUUGCCGAGACCAUGGAAGCCAACUGACCGCCACCCCCUCCUCCGCCCCACAAUUAAAGCCCGGACA